AUGAAUAGUAAAACUCAGAAGAAGAAAACUAACAAUAAGAACAACUCAACCACACAAACUAGUUCUAAUAGUUCUCCUGCAUUGUCCUCCAGUAUCUUCAGCUCAGAAUAUUCUUCUUCGUUAACCAAAAUUGUUGCUGAUCAAAUUUCUAUUCUUGCCACCACAGUAACUGUUGAAACCGUUGGAAAGACUUUUGACAAAAUCCACCACUUGUGUGAGACCCACAAUCCUCUUUACGAUACAUAUCUUGCUCAAUUGAUUGCUUAUUGCACCGUUGUGCUAGAAAAACUUGAAAAAUCAAACAACAAGGCUAUUUUUAGUUUAUUAACUGAGGAAUUAAACUUCAUCUCUGAGAACCCAUCAUACUAUCAACGUGUGGUCCCAGCUUUUGAAAAGAAUAAAGACAUUCUUGAAUCUGUUCCUUUUAUAAAAUUUUUUGGUAGUACCAGAUUAUUACAAACACAAAAAGUUCUAUUUGCCUCUUUGUUUGCCAAGUCAUCAAUCAACUCCUUUGAAAAAGAAGUGAAACAGAUUCUUGAUAAAUCAGUCCCUGAAUUAAUUAAUUUAAUUGGCGACAAACAAUUCAUAGGUCACAAAUUUGAUAAUCCGGACGUUUUAUUUGCUUUCUUGAAAGUUUAUUUUGAUUCAGAAGUAUUUUCGUUCAGUCAAAAGCUCAUUAUUGCAAAUUAUACCUAUAAAAGAUUUGAAGAUCAAAACAAUAUCCCACAAAACAUCGAGGCUCUCGUUAGCACAUUAUUCAAUAAAUUAUCAAAAAUGCCAAUAAAGAAUUUGUUGUCUCAAACAAAUCCAGAAUUGGUUUCUGUGGAUUAUAUUUUCAACAUAGUGGCUGGUAUCCAAGAUCAAGAUGGAAUUAAUGACGCUAUUUCCAUAAUAUUGUCAGAAAUAUUGGUUCCUGGCUCUCAAAAUUUAUCUAAUAGCCCAGCAACACCUACAGCUUUGGCGGCGUCUAAUAUCCACGAGGCCUCUAGUAAAGGUAUGCAAUUGCGUAAUGUUCUUGGCUCAUCGCUCAAAGCUCAAGCAAACUGGCCAGAAGUUUGGAAUCUCGUUAAAAAAAGUUUUGAUGAAUUUUAUUCAAACAACAAAAAUCAAUCAAAGCCAACUUUGGUAUCAUUGAAUCAGUUAUUCUUUUCGUUACCAUCAGAAGAUAUUAUUGAUUUAUUUUUUCAACAUGAUUUCCAUUGGAAUUUAACAGUGCCAUUGUAUUAUUUGCUACAUCAAUUUACACAAGAGAAUAGAUGUUACCAGUUCAAGAACUUGGCUUCAGUCUUUGCUAAUGUCCCAUUCCUUCCACCAAAUUUGUUGACAAUUUCUUCCAACACUAUAAUGCGUUUCCUCAAUGUAACUAAAUUCUUCCUCAAUUCGGUGCUUACUCCAGGAACUGAGUUGCCACCAGAAAUGAGUGAAUUGUUUAAUAGUGAUGUGAAGCAACAUUCAGAAUGUAUUGUAUUUACCAUUUUGAAUACCCCUAGAAAUGCAAACUCCUUGGAAUUGUUGGAAAGCCUUUUACUCGCAUGGUUGCAGGAUGGCUCUGUUUACUUGCCAGUGGCGUUGAAAAAGUUCUCUGAAUCUGACCCAAAUCAAUUUUUGACGGUUUUAUCUCAUUAUUUGAACCAGAAGGAAGUCAAUGUGGAUAAGAUGGUCCCAUAUUUAUUACAACUUAACAUGAUGGAAGGCUUGUUGACUAAUUCGGCCAAAUCGAUUCAAAAUUUUAGACUCUGGUUGAGUUUUGCCACAAAAGCAGUCCAUCAGGGAUGGAAUAAUUUCAUUCCACUAGUUCGUAAUUACUUUAGCGCCAAUCCACAACUCCAGGGUGAAGCUUUAACUGAAUUACUUCUAUUUUUGCUUAGUGAAGCCAAAAGUGAAUAUGAUUACUCCCAAACAGGCCAAACUGACCCUGCCCAUAAUUCUUUAAGUUUAGUGUUUGUUCAUGAAUUGUUGACGUUUGUUGGUGAUUACAAAGAUAUUUCGGCUCAACAACUUUCUGAAGCAAGGGCAGUUCAAAAACAAUGUUUAUCAGCGUAUCCAAGGUUAAUCAACUUUGGCUAUGGCCAUGAUGAAGCUAUUCUAGCAAACGUUGUUAAUAAUCAAUCGACUAAUACAUUCCCUUUGCAAGUCGAAUCUGAAAUGAAGAAUUAUUAUCAAAGAAUGUAUAAUGGAGCCAUGGAAAUCACUGAGGUGGUUAAAAUCUUGCAAUCUUUGAAAGAUUCAAAUGUCCCUUAUCAGCAAGAUGUAUUUGCUUGUAUGAUCCACUCCUUAUUGGAUGAAUAUAGAUUUUUCAGAGAAUAUCCAAUUGAUGCAUUACAAAAGACUUCCAUAUUGUUUGGUUCAUUGAUCAACUAUCGGUUAAUUGAUGGUGUGACUUUAUCCCUUGCUUUGAGCUUUAUUUUGGAAAGUGCUAGAGAGUCCCCUGAAUCCAAUAUGUUUAAAUUUGCUGUUCAGGCAUUGAUGUCAGCUAGACCUCGUUUACCUGAAUUCUCGCAAUAUUGCGAAGCCUUGUAUGGUAUUGCUGGUUUGAGACUUCAACCAAAGGUUUUCCAAGUUGUGGAACAAGCUGUGAAGGGUGAGAUUGGUACAAAGGAACUGCUGCCAAUGAUUAAAAAUGCAGCUGCUUCAAAGAAUGAUGGCAGUAAAGAGGGCGAAUUAUUUAAGGCCGUCAGAACCCAUGUUGAUUUCUUUGAGAACAUUCCCCAAGAAGAACCAAGUGAAGAAAAUUCUGAUAAAAUCUUAUUUGUUGUCAAUAAUAUCACUACUGAAAACUUAAGUGAAAGAGUUGGUGCCAUCAAACAAGCUCUUUCCAAACGUAAUUUCGAAUGGUUUGCAAAUUAUCUUGUUGCCUCUAGAGCAAAAGUUGAACCAAAUUAUCAAAAUUUGUAUUGCAGUUUAGUGGUAGCAAUUAAUUCUCCGUUGUUGGAACAAUAUGUUUUGCUGGUGACCUAUAAGCAAAUUUCUAAGUUAUUGAACUACAAUAGCGAGUCUGUUAAUGAAAGGGCUUAUUUAAAAAACUUGGGCUCUUGGUUGGGUAAAAUUACUUUGUCCAGGGAUAAACCAAUCUUGCGUGAUAAUAUCUCAUUCAAAGACUUGUUGAUUGAAGGUUACCUUGCAGAGAAAAUGACUCUUACAAUUCCAUUUGUCUGUAAAGUUCUAGAUCAAGUUGUUUCAGGCAAAAUUUUUAGACCUCCAAACCCUUGGACUUUAAGCAUUAUUGAGCUAUUAGUUGAAUUUUAUAAGACUUCCAAUUUGAAGCUCCAAUUGACUUUUGAAAUCGAAGUUUUGCUUAACGCAUUGCAAUUGAAGGUCGGUGAUAUUGAGGUCCGCGGUUUAUUGAAGAAUUCCAAGGAAGAGUUGAAGGAGCUUGUUUCUGGACAUUUGAAACCUGUGGGUGAUAUUUUGGCUUCGUUACAGCAAAUCACAGAUAUUGAUUCCCAAAAUCCCCUUACAUUACUCGCUCAACAGCAACAACAACAACUUCAAGCACAAAUGAAACUCAGACAACAACAGCAACAACAAUUCCCAGCCCAAAUUCCUGGUCAAUUGACACAAGCUCAUUUUGCUCAGCAACAGCAACAAUUGCGUCAGCAACAACAGCAACAACAACAACAACAACAGCAACAGCAACAACAGCAGCAGGCUUCUAUUAGUACAACUGGAGUUACUGAAGCUAACAUCCAGGAUGUCAAUAACAACUUAACUUUGAUGCUUGAAAACUUCAUCAAUAACUUGUCCGGUAAAACAUACAUUCAACUUCAUCCUAACGUGAAACGUCUUUUCCAAAGUGCUUUUAAUAGGGCUAUUCGUGAAGUUUUGCCACCUGCUGUAGAUAGAGCUGUUAGUAUUUCUGUGAACACAGCGCAUACUUUGGUGCUAAAGGAUUUUGCUUUGGAAGGUGAUGAAAAUAAGUUAAGAAGAUCUGCCGCCAAUACAGUCAGAGGAGUCUCUCAAUACUUGGCUAAGGUCUUUUCAAGGGAUUUAUUGUUGAAAAAUAUUGGAGAAAGCGUUGCUAAUUCUUUGGGUCAAAAUGUCGUCACUGCUGAUCCUCAAGUAAUUGAGCAAAUGUUGAUGCUGGUUAUUAGUGAUAAUAUCGAUGGUGCCUGUCAAAUAAUUGAGAUAGCUGCCAUGGAAAAGGCUACAGUGGAAAUGGAUGAAGCUUUACGCCCUGCUCUUUUUGCUCGUCGUCAACAUAAAAUUGAUAAACCUGGUCAACCAUUUGUUUCUCCAAAUAUAUCAAGAUGGGCCCUUGUUUAUCCACAACCUUUAGGUUUGUCUCCAAAUGGUGUUACUAAUGAGCAAUUGCAAGUUUAUGAAGAGAUAGGCAGAUUGAGCUUAGUUAAUCAACAAGCUGCUGCAAUGAGAGUUGCGGAACAACCUAACCAAUUCCAACAACAACAAGUUGCUGCUGGCACCCCAGGUCAGAUCCCAGGUCGUCAAAUUCUACCAUCUAAUGCUGGCCCACAAGCUGUUGAUACCGUCACUGUUGGCGCAGUCGCAGGCGAAAUCGAUCAAGCUGCUGCUCAAAACAUCUUUGCCCAAUCUGUCGCUUAUUUGCAGCAAUUACUUGAAGCCUUAUUAAAGACUUUAGCUGAAAGUCAGGAUAGCCAUUUGGUUGAACUUUCAACGGAACAUCCUGUUAAGAAUGUUUUGGCCCAAAUUUUGAAUAUUUGUGCGAAAAACCUUGGUCCAGCUAGUGAUGAGAUUUACGUUAAAGUUGCCCAAUUUACUGUCAAUGCUUUAUUUACUGCUGCCGAAACAACUCUUUCCCGUGAAACCUUGGUUUAUCUUUUGAAUAAAUUGUGCGAACUUUCUCCUUCUACUGCGAAAGAUGCUAGCUGGUGGUUAGUUUAUGCCGAAGAUGAUAGAAAAUACAACUCCAAGAUUAUGAGUGCCUUGCUUAAGGUUGGUUUAAUUGUUCCAUCUGAUCUAGAUGCAUCUCUUUGCAAGGCCAUUGUCGGUGGCAAGAAUGAAGUGGUAAUCAAAUUUGCUUGCGAUUUGAUCAAUGAAACUUUGUUAGCUGAAGAGCCAUUUUGUUUGAGAACCGAUUUCGCUGCCACUAUUGAUAAAUUGAGUGGAUUGGUGAAAUCUAAUGAGAUUACGGAAGAGUAUGCUGUAAAGUUGGUUGAUAGACUCAAUGAAUCUCCUGUGCCAAUUUUGAAGACUGGAUCCGAUGAAAAGAUACCUGUCGCCUCUCAAAUGGGUUAUAUUUUUGUUGAAUGGAUGAGAUUGUUGCAACACAGUAAUUUGGAUGAUAAGUUGUUGUAUGUGUUCAUUUAUCAAAUGGCAAAGAAUGGUGUCUUAUCUAAACCAGAGUAUAUGUCUGUGUUUUUCAGAACUGCCACUGAAAUUUCUGUUUCCUCAUUUUUGGAGGAUGGCUUCCCAUAUAGUAAAAAUGAGGAUAACGAUGUUUUUGUUGGAACUGAUGCGUUAUCCAAAUUGAUUAUAAAGGUAUUGAUUACCCAGGGAGACGAUGCCCAAAGGAGACUUCUUUACUUGCGUCAAAUUUUGACAAUCAUUACAUUGGUGCUCAACAAGGACCAUGAAAAGAAUCCUGAUACCUUCAAUGAAAGACCAUACUAUAGAAUUUUCUCUACUUUGCUAAGUGAAUGGUCUGAUGUUCGCCUUAAAUUGAGUAAAAUGGAAGAAGGUGAGGAAAAGAGUUCUUUGCUUGAAUUUGACAAAGGUUUCUACUUAUUAAUGGCUGAUUUCUUCAACAUUUUCCAACCAAUUGCCUACCCAGGUUUCACUUUUGCUUGGAUCACUUUGAUUUCCCACCGUAUGUUCUUACCAAAUAUUAUCGAGUUGCCAAACAAGGAAGGAUGGAAGAAACUCAGUUUGCUUCUUGUUGUCGCCCUUAGGUUUGCUUCUGUCAAUAUUAAAGGUAAGGUUGUUCCACCAAUUAUCAGUGUUAUCUACAAAGGUUUGGUUAGAAUUUUCACUGUUAUUUUGCAUGAUUAUCCAGAGUUUUUUGUCGAAUACCAUUAUCCAUUGUCUUAUUCCACACCUGCUUCCUUUGUGCAGUUGAGAAAUAUUGUUUUGGCAGCAUUCCCAAAGAAUAGCACUAUGCCUGACCCAUUUACUAGUGGCUUGAAAGUUGAAAAAUUGCCAGGCAUUGUUGAUAUUCCACCAGUUGCUAUCAAUCCAGGUAAUGAUCUCUUGAAGGCUGGUUUGAAAAAGCCUGUUGAUAAUUAUUUGCGUAUUCCAAGCCAUUCUGCCUUCAAAUCAAUUUUAGCUGGUCUCAAGUUAGCUGCUCCUAUUGAAAAAGGUGGUAUUGGAUUUGACAUUACCAAUGUGGAUGUUAAAUUGAUCAAUGCCUUAGUAUUGUUUAGUGGUAUCAGUGCUAUAGAAGAACGCCGUAAUAACACUGCAGAAUUCAAUCCAAAAUCCUCACAAGUUGCUCUUUUGUCUAACCUUUUGCAAGACGAUUCUAUCGAAUUGCAAUACCAGGUUUUGUCUGCGAUUGUUAACCAACUUAGAUAUCCUAACGCUCUUACACAUUGGUUCAGCUGUGCGAUAAUUUAUUUCUUCAGCUCAUCAUCUUUGUGGAACAAUAAAAAGUCCACCAUUCAACAAUUGAUUACCAGAGUUUUGUUGGAGAGACUCAUUGUCCAUAGACCUCAUCCAUGGGGUGUUACUAUUACCUUGAUUGAAUUGUUAACAAAUUCUGCGUAUGGCUUUUUCGAUUUGCCAUUCACCAAAGAAUUACCAGAGUUGCAGAAAUUGUUUACUGUCUUGGGCAAUCAUGUUGCCUUUGCCACUUCAUCUUCUGCGGCGGCCACUUCUACCGAACCAUCAUGA